AUGCGGAAACCAGGCCCUCAGAAAGCCAUAGACUGGAAAGAUGGUAAAAAGCACAAGUACGGCCGCCCGUCAGAGUCUCCCUCCCAGUACCAAGGUCACUUCACCUGGGAGAAAUACCUGAAAGAGACAUGCGCCAUCCCAGCUCCUGCACAUUGCUUCAGGCAGUCCUACACUCCCCCUGCAAAUGAAUUCAAGAUCAGUAUGAAACUAGAAGCCCAGGACCCGAGGAACACCACCUCCACGUGCAUCGCCACGGUGGUGGGUCUGACAGGCGCACGCCUCCGCCUGCGCCUCGAUGGCAGCGAUAACAAAUGGCGGCUGGUGGUCUCUGCUGAAAUCCAGCCCAUAGGAAACUGUGAGAAGAAUGGAGGGAUGCUGCAGCCUCCACUGGGCUUUCGGCUGAAUGCCUCCUCUUGGCCCAUGUUCCUUCUGAAGACUCUGAAUGGAGCAGAGAUGGCUCCUGUCCGGAUUUUUCACAAGGAACCACCAUCUCCAUCCCAAAACUUCUUCAAGACAGGUAUGAAGCUGGAGGCAGUGGACAGGAAGAACCCUCACUUCAUCUGCCCGGCCACCAUUGGGGAGGUGAGAGGUUCUGAGGUCCUCAUAACAUUUGAUGGCUGGAGAGGUGCCUUCGAUUACUGGUGCCGAUAUGAUUCCCGGGACAUCUUUCCCGUAGGCUGGUGCUCGCUGACUGGAGAUAAUCUGCAGCCCCCUGGAACAAAAGUUGUGAUUCCAAAGAGCCCUUUACCUGCCUCCGAAGUAAACUCGGAGAAACCUAGCAUGCACAGUAGCACAAAGACUGUUUUGGGGCAUCAACAAGGGCAAAGGCGUCGCAAAACAGGGAAGAAGCGUGGUCGAACGACCAAAGCGCUAAUCCAUCACCCCAUGCCUACACCCUCCAAGUCAGUGGAGCCUUUGAAAUUCCCCAGAAAGAGAGGCCCCAAGCCUGGCAGUAAGAGGAAACCUAGGACAUUGCUGAACCCAGCACCCACCUCUCCAACCACCAGUACCCCAGAACCAGACACAAGCACUGUGCCUCAGGACGCUGCUACAAUCCCCAGCUCUGCCAUGCAGGCUCCCACAGUUUGCAUUUACUUGAACAAGAACGGCAGCACUGGGCCCCACCUAGACAAGAAGAAAGUUCAGCAGCUGCCGGACCAUUUUGGACCAGCUCGAGCUUCUGUUGUCCUGCAGCAAGCAGUACAGGCCUGCAUUGAUUGCGCUUAUCAUCAGAAAACAGUCUUCUCCUUCUUAAAACAAGGCCACGGGGGAGAGGUCAUCUCAGCUGUGUUUGAUCGGGAACAGCACACUCUGAACCUGCCAGCAGUAAACAGUAUCACCUACGUCCUCCGCUUCCUGGAGAAGCUCUGCCACAAUCUCCGCAGUGACAACCUCUUUGGGAACCAGCCUUUCACUCAGAACAGCCACAUGCAGCGGUCACACCAGUACGACCACGACAGGUAUCUACCAGACAGAAGCAGUUCGUUAGACGGCACGCUGCAGGGACCAGGCCGGGGUACAAAGCGGUAUUCCCAAGAUUCCCCUCCAUACAGUGCUCCUCUCUCCCCCAAGUUACCAAAGAAUGACCGUCACCCUUUGGAAG